UUGGCACACGUUUAGGCACCUAUUGGAGAAUGAUCCGAUAAGGGGAAAAUAACAACCAUAACGGCGCUGGCCUCAAAUAUCGUAUUUGGAAUUGAAAUUGUAAAUUCCUUGAAGUUCACCAUUAUGCUUCGGCAAGCGCUUGAAUUUCUCCGAAUCUACAACCAGGUCUCUACAGGGAACCCUAAACUCAAUUUGAAACUUGAUGAUUUUCAUUGCUUAUGUCACAGCAAUUUCAAAACUGCCCGUCAAACCGACGAAGAGGCUUUGACCUCUCCAUCAUCAGACGAAAAGAUGGACACUGGUUCUGAGUCCUAUCGCUCGCAGGACACUCCUAACUCGCUAUCAGACUUCGAGGAAUGUACUGAGAACAUUCUCCGUCUAAACCAUGAAGUUCUCAGAUUAUCUGACCCUAACAAAAAAGAUCUCAAUGAUAGCCUGUUAACAAAAAUGUCAAAAUUAAACAUAGAUUCCCCAUGCUCUAAAAACUUGGGCGUGAGCCCACCAAAGUUUAGUUCCACUUUGACGUUGACCACAAAUCACCCGCUAAUGGGCUUGGGUAGUCCAGAAGAGAAUUAUCCAGAUGUGGUGCCGAAAAAGGCGCGAAAAAUCGAGGAAGACAAAGACCUGAGUCUAUCGAGCAUAGAAGACGAAAGACCGGUCGAAACUAAUGGCGUGUUGUAUUCUCCCGAAAGGAAUACGUCGAAAAACAAUCUAUAUUUCACUGAGAAUUUCGUGACGGCCGACAGUCAAAUUUUGGAGUCGAAUACGCCAGAUUUGAGUCGUAGGAAGAUCAGUAUAGAAGAUACGCCACCUAAAAGGGCGAGGGAGGGGGCGGUCGUGAAAUAUAUUGAGAAGAAAAGGAGGGAGGCGGGACAGAGUACUCCAAAAUCUAUACCAGUGGAUGUAUCUGAGAAGGAUGAGUCGCAUUCGAGGGUAGCCGAAUGGUGCGAGUCACCGUCUCACCUCCGCUCGAUGCCCAACUUCGAGCUACCUAUCGAAAUGUCCAGUAGUAUAGGCGUUCACAACGAUCUCGACUCCCCUGAUCUGCUGUCGUCGUCCACACAAGAGGACAGGUCGACGUACGAGGCUCUGUUAGACCCGUACACCGGCAGCGUGGCGCUCCGCCCCAAGCCGCAGCGGAGUCCCGCCAACACCAGAAGGAAGAUACAGCUGCCGCCAGAUGACGACGAUCGCUAUAGUGUGGACAGUGUGAGCGCUUGCUCCAUGCAGUCUGACGACUUGCCUGACUUGCCCGCAGUAGCGCCACCUUCCGACGACGAGGACACCAAGAGAUCGAAGUCUACAACAACAUUAAGUUCGUACAGCGAUCCCAUACCUGAAUAUUCUGCAGCGGAAGAGCUAUCGAACGAGAGAAGUUUCUUAAGCGUUCCGCGAGGGGGCGCUCUGCAUACGUGCGAUGUCAAGGUGAUAGAACCAUACAAGCGUGUGAUAUCUCACGGCGGCUACGACGGCCGCGGCGCGGCGGUUAUCGUGUUCGGCGCCUGCCAUCUGCCCGACAACACGCGCACCGACUACAGAUACGUCAUGGAUAACUUAUUUCUCUACGUGAUAUGGACGCUGGAGCGGCUGGUGACGGACGAGUACGUGCUGGUGUACCUCCACGGCAGCGCGCGCGGCCGCCGCUUGCCCUCCUUCCACUGGCUGCACGAGUGCUACAAGCUCGUCGACAGGCGACUACGCAAAAGCUUGAAGCACCUAUACUUGGUCCAUCCGACAUUUUGGCUCAAGUCCUUCGUUCUUCUUACCAAACCUUUUGUCAGCUCGAAAUUCUUCCACAAACUGAGCUACGUCAGGAGCUUGGAGGAGCUGCACAGGUUGGUUCCAGUCGAACCGAACGCUAUACCAGACGUAGUCAAACAGUUUGACGCGAACCGGAGAUAGGUGGCGCUAGUUGGAACGCGAAUUGAUAAGUACAAAUGGUUUUUAAUGAAUUCCAGUAUUUCAGGGCGGAAAUUUGUUAUUAUACGUUUUAAGGGUAUAGGUAAUAUCUGGUGAAGGUAAUGGCAAACCUUAUCUUGCCGAGUGUGUGUAUUUCAUUCCACUUAACGACCACGACCUCUGCCAUGAGGAAUAUGACCGAAUCGUUCGGUUAGAUCUCGUUUUCAUCCGUAUUUUAGUUAAUUUUUUUCCAAUAUACCCUUUUAAUGUCAAAUUUCACGCCAUGAUUUCUGUAUCCGCCAUUUUGUGAAAGAAAACAAAAUGGCUGCCGUCGAAUCUUAUGAACAGUAUUCGAAUAUUUUAAAGGGAAGUAGUAAUGUUUUAAAGAACUCUAUUUGUUGUGCCGUGUGUGUUGUAACUGCAAGGUAGAUAGAUUUAUCAGUCAUGGAGUAAUGGAGACUAAUAUCUCAUAUAAGGGGUGUUCCAUAAUAGCGAAUACGCUAAUCUAUGUAUACAGGGUUGUUUAUAAAACAUCAACAACUUGGCGACACUAGACAGCUAACAUCAUAAAAACCAACGUCUUUUCUAUAACUCAAUACAAUCUGUUACACAUAACUCAUUAGAUAAACAUUUUAAAACUAAUUAUUGUCCUGUCCUUACAUUCGUAUAUCUAUGUUUGCGCGUUCGCUUCAGCACCGUCCCACCUCACCCGCCAGCCUCGACCCCGAUCCACAUUGCCAAGGAUUGGAACGGAUAAUUAAACAAAGAUUUAUUUUGUAUGGAAGUUUAACUUAACUAAUAGAGAGUAUUACUGCACAUUUAUCCCGCCAGAGUACAGCAAAAGCUUUGCCGCCUUUUGCUGUGUCGAUUAAAACGAUUAUUUUAGAGUACUUUAUUAAUCCUUUCAUUAUGUAAACAUUCGUUAGUGAAAAUAUACAACAAUGUAGCAUUUUCGGGUGCUGAAAUAUUGGGAACAAUCGUUUUCCAUAAAAAACUUCGAAAAGUAUGGGAUACUCCUCACGCUGUAAAACUUUUGAGUCAGAACGAUCGAAAAGAAGCUCGGAAUACUUCACACGUGAAGAUUUAUUAAAAUAUGGACUUCAUACAGAUAAGAUAUUCAGUGAAAAUCAAGUUUAUAUCAGUUUAUGACCACAGUUGACCAAAUAAUGCAGAACAUAACCUAAAAUAGUGUUAUUAUUUUCGGGAUAAUCCACUAAAUCCUUCCUUUUUCCUUUAAACUCGCACCACGAUUGCGUAGAAGGUAUUUUUUGGUCGUAAAUCUGAAGCAAUAUUGAAAAUUAACGCUUUUGGCCUCCAUUGACGAAUGUUUAUAGUUGUACCAGUAGCGCCAUCUGCGCUGAGCUUUGCGUAAUAUGCGAUAUUAUUAAAACUUUUCGAGUAAACGUCGUUCCGGGUAUCUAGUCCUGCGAUAGUUCUGGUGUUUUAAAAAAAUCCCUGUAGUAUUCAAAACAGCCCCUAAUUAAGCAUUUAAGAAGAAAAAGCUUUAAAAUAUAUAAUAAAUAAGUAUCACUAUAAAAAUAGUCACGUGUUACACUUUCAAUUUCUGUACGGGGUAGGCAUAGUCUAGGAUAAUAGAAGUUAAGCUUGAAACACACUGUUUUAUUCCCUUAAUCAGCUUUACGUUGCUUUUAUUAUCAUCGGCCAGUAUUAUCGAGAUAAUAUUUUAAUUAAAUUGUUUUCAAUAAAAUGAGACUUUUUACUUUUUUGAAUAUAAUAGAUUAAUACAAUUAUGGGAUUUUUAAUUACUUGCCGCUGACUUUUCAGUGCAGUUGCGCCUAUAGUGGUCACUGUAAAUGUAUGUACAGUCUGUUAAGAAAGUGAAGAAGCUAAAUGAGUUUGCAGUCCCCUGUUGGCUGGCCACACUGGGUUUAUCAAACAAUCUUAACCCUUCUAUUUCGUAUUGCAGUAGCAAAAAUGUAUUUCGUAAAAUAUCCGAUUUUUUUUCACUUUCUUUACAUACCGCAACAAUCGUAACCGUACAAAUUCAUCUAAAAAAUCAUUUGUAUUGAGACUGGUGCUAUAUUUUUUCUAGUUAUGAUUUUUUUAAAUAUUUUUUAUCGGUUUUUUUAAACACCUGUGAUAGGCGUUACGUGAGCAAUAUGAAGACACUAUAAUUUUAAUAAUUGUAUUCACCCUGUAUGUGUACAAGAGUAAUAUAGCGCGAAAAAUAUAUAUAUAACUUCAGCCAAUUUUUUACUGGUUGCUGAUAAAGUAUCUGAUAGUAUCAGACAUAUCAUACAGAUUGUGUCUCAAGUGUUUGACACGGCUAACUGGCCAUUUCGGACAGAAUUAUCUAGCAUUUAGUUUAUCUACCAGAUACAGUAUGACAUUUUUUUUCACCGAAAAAAAAAAAACAUUAAUUUAUUUUCGCGUUAUAAUACUCAAAAUUAUAUAUUAUACUUAGAUUUAUCAGAUAUAAUUAUACUAGUGAGCGUCGGGACCAGGUAUAUGUCUGCGCUAUUGUAACAUUUAGACGUAAUUUGCAGCUAGCUUGUGCAGAGGGGGUGUGGGUUCGACAGCGAACUAACCAAUCACAGCGCGGCGUUGUAACGCGACGACAACCACGCCGCACUGUGAUUGGUCAGCUGCAUCUCACUGUACUCGAGUAAUGUAAAUUUAAAGCCCUGUAUAUUUUAUUAUUAGUCAUUAAAUAUAAGUGGAACAACGAAAAUAAUAAUGCUCGUUGGGAACUAUCUAUUUUACACGCGUAAUAGUUUAUCUGUCUGUAUUUAUGUUCUGUAUAAAGUUAGGCCAGUAUUGUGUACCUUUUCUUGGGAAAUUUUGCAUUCCUUUUUAUGUUAAAUUGAUAUAUUUAUUUAAUAAGUGGAUAUUUAGUUAAUUAUUCGACUUCAACGGUAAUUUUUAUUAUAUAUAAUAUUUCUUUUUUACUUUUAAUAAAAAAUGCACAUAAGUUUUUAUAUACUUAAUGAUAGCCUUUUAACAUUUUAAAAUACAUCUUACGACGACCUCGGUGGCGCAGUGGUAAAGUGCUCGCCUCUGAACCGAGAGGGCCCGGGUUCGAUUCCCGGUCGGGUCAUGAUGGAAAAUGGCCCGGGUCUUGGAUGUUUAUCUAUAUAUGUAUUUGUUAUAAAAUAUAGUAUCGUUGAGUUGGUAUCCCAUAACACAAGUCUCGAACUUACUUUGGGGCCAGCUCGAUCUGUGUGAUUUGUCUUUAUAUAUUUGUUUAUUUGUAAAAAAAUAAAAUUGUAUUAUGAAUCUCCAUAUUUCUUGAUUGAAUCUUGUAAAUUAAACUUUUAGUUGAAUAAAAAAAAAUUGAAUAUUAAAAAAUUCAUCAAUAUUAUAAGAAAAAAGAGAAUCUACUCGAAUUAUAUAAAAAAAUCCUAAAUAUUGUUAUUUUUGUAACUUUUAUCAUAGGAAAAAAUUAUUUUUAUUAUAUUGUUAUAUAACCAAGCCCACGGUACACACAACACAUGGAAAUGUGAAGUAGGCGGGUGAUUUUCAGAGCGUUUCGACCGCUGUGGCCGCGCUGUCAUUACGAACCGUCAAUUUUCUCGAGGAAUCAUUUCAAAAAUAAUUCGUAAAAUUCUUUUUCCUUUGUUACUACCGCCAUCUGGCGUGGAGUAGCUGAACUUUUUAGUAAAACAGGCUAGUUUUACGCUUUGUUUCUAAUAUACACGAUAUCAACACCGCCCUUGACACCUGUCAAGUGACAGUGACACUCAACCGUGCAAAGCCAAUAUCGAUCUACAGACGCGAUCGAAAUUCACACGUUACACGUUAAAUCUUCGAUAACUUUGGAUGCUGCAGCAAAGUAAACUCUUGUGUACAGAGUGAAGGCGUAUUUUAGCUUGGCAGUCUGUUUGUUUUGGGGUUGAAAAUAUGCAACCAAUAAAAUCGAAUGUUUACUUGUAGUGCGCUAUUUGACCGCAGUUGGCGACCAGCUGUACUGUAAGUAAGCUGUUGAUCUUGAAACACCUCCACCUUUUUCUGUAUUCCGUGAACAAGCCAUAUCCAAACAUUAAUUAAGUACAAUAAAUAAUAUGCUAUAUUGCACAUUUGAAUAGAUCACUAUUUUUUAAAAAAAUCUCAUUUUUGUUAUAUGUAUUUUUUGUAUUAUAAAUAUCUUUUUAAAAUUAUAUAUAAGUAGACAAAUUGUUGUUAUAGAUAAACUUAUGAAUUAUUAUAUAUAAUUGGAGUGUGCGUAGAUAUGUGAAUGUUUGUCUAGGUUAGAGAAGUAUUUAAAGAAAAUGUGUUGAUUUAAAAUUUUGGCAAAUAAUACAUAUAAUAUUAUAAAUGCGAAAGUCUAUCCGUUUGUUCCGUUAAAGACCCCCGUUCAAAUAGUCAUUAAGACUAUAAUGUUUGGUGGGACUAUAAUGGCGUGAAAGUUUGUAUAGAAAUCGACUGUUACUCUUAAUUCACGCGGGCGAAGCCGCGGGCAAGAGCUAGUAAUACAUAUAUACAGUAUCCAUAUGCGUUCGACAGAGCUAUGUAUUGCUAAACUCCAUGUUUAGUUGUAGGCUUGUUGAUGGAACUGAGAUUAAAUAUUGUAGGAGCCAACUCGCCUGUGAAAAUAAUAUCGUUUUAUUGUAGCAUCUUACCUUUGAUUUCUGGGUUGUGACGCCGCGGAGCUCACUCGUCAGCGUAAAAGUAAACCUGAAUAUUUCUAAAAUUCGAUUGUGAUUUCACAACUGGCCGCCUGCCAGACGUAAGCCCUCUUUGAAAGUGUUGUUGUCGCCUAUUGGCCGCCCAAACCAUGAGUCCCUUAGUGGCCUUUUACGAGGCCUCGUACAAUAUCCACGCUAGGUUAUGUAGUGGUCCUAUGCUAGGGUGUGACCACUGGCCAUAGCAUUUUCCCUUGAUUGACGUUUACAAUCUACGCGAGAGGAGAAGCAGCUGGCACAUUCUAUGUUCUUUCGCUCUCAGAACAAGGAUAGGCAAGUGUACAUAGGUAUUUAAUGUGUACUUUUACUACAAAAAUACUUAAUUAUUACUAGAAUUUUAAAUCAACACACAUCUAGGUAUGAUGCUCUGGUUAUGUCUGGAAGCAGUUGAAUAUUGUUCUGUUAUCUUGUUCGUAAAGCCGGGUCCACGAUGCGUGUUUCUAUCUAUACAAUCAACAAAAACAAAUCCAACAUUCAACAAAAUCGUCUACAUACGAAUCAGUAGUCUUUAUACAUUUUCGAUUGUAUCAACAAUGUUUUGCUUUCUGUGCCCGAUGUAAAACAAUUAUACAAAAUAAACCCAGAUUUGCUAGAAAAUCUUACACUUUUAUUCAUAAAAAAGUUGAUUGUUUUGUCUUGUUCUGUCAAUGUCAAAUAUUGUAAACUGCAAUACCGACAAAACAUACUUUUAAAGUACCUAUGAUUUAAAUUUUGUUUACCGACCAGUAGUAGACAUGUUUCAAAAACAAUGUGUAUGUGUUUUUGUUGAAUGUUUUACAGACCCGAUUUAAUAUAGUGUUGCCGCUCGUAAGACAACUAUCGAUAGUUUGAGGAAAAGCAAUAGUUAUCGAUACAAGUGAUAGCAUUAAUCAUUAUCACAGUGUGAUACUGUCGAUAGUAUGGCAGAUUUCGAUUGAAACUAUAGCUUUUUAAACUAUCGAUAGUUCGGCAACACUAAUUUAAUAUACACUAUGAUUUGCAGACUGACCGAUUUGUGUUAUUUUCAAUGUUGUUGUGUUGAAAUCGUAAUUACACGCUGCGCAAAUUA